AUGUUAACUACGUGUAAGGACGACGAGUACAAAUGUGCUUGCCUGGCAAUCGAAUGUCCUCGAGUAUUCAACUAUUCGAUCGCACUCAAAGAAGAAUGCUGGAUGAAGGAAUGCUUCAUUAGUAAACGUGCGCUUGAUCAAGAGACUUUGUUACAGGUCACUAUCGGCUACCUUGUCAUUCUACUCAUCGGCUUACUCGGCAACAUACUAGCUAUAUCCGUUCUACGAAAGCAUCCACUAAUGAAGACACAUAGCAGCAUCUAUAUAAUGAAUCUUGCUAUGGCCGAUCUUAUCACUCUAUGCGUUGGUUUACCAUUUGAAGUGAUCAUGAACUGGAGUCAAUAUCCGUGGCCUUUUCCGGACGUAUUUUGUAAUCUCAAAGCACUUAUCGCUGAAACCACCAACUACGUCUCGAUUAUAACAAUUCUACUGUUUUCGAUAGAGCGAUAUAUAGCCGUUUGUCAUCCAUUCCUUUUCGUGAAAAUCAAACCGCUACAACAA